UAUUAUUAAUAAUGGAAGAAUAUGGACAAGGCGAGAUUGAGGUUAUACCUCCUGAGGAGGAAGUCACUACUUCUACAGACAGUUCUCCUAGAGAAAUGAAUAUCGAAGAAGGAAUUAAUACGCUAGGUAUGGAGCUCAUAGAGAAUGGUGACGCUAACUGGAUCUAUUGAAACGAAGGCAAUAAUAAUAUUGCAGUGGUUUUUAAGGUUUUUACUGAGAAAAGUAAUCUUGAUAGAAAGUUUCAUCCCAUCAUUGAUUUUAUUGACAAUUCGGUAUUCAGAAUCAAAAAGAAAGUUAAGGAUAAAUACUUGGUUAAAGGUAUCAUUGAUGACGAAAUGACGUACUCUCAGUAUUUUUACGAUCAUAUCGCGAAGAACGAUAAAGAUAUCAAGCCAUUCUUGUGCAAAUACGAUGAAGUUAUACUUUCGACGCAGGCAGUAGAGUCUAUAAAUGCCGCUAUUAAGGAAGACAGAGACAAAAUGAUAGCCGAAGCUCACAUCAACUACCCCCUGAAAACCUUCCAAGGUAUCGAUACCGACCUUCGUUAUGCUAGUGUAAUGGCUAACUUAGGAAGUAGAUACUCCACUUCUUCGAAAGGAGUGGUGAAGCAUGUUGAACUAAAACUUGGCUUAAUUGUGCCAAAGCCUAUGCAGAAAUCAUUCACUAAACAUCUCAAUGAUACAUAUUCUGUUGAGCAACUAGAGAGGACGAAGUGGUUCAGAAACAAGUCUCGGUUCAAUGCUAAGCAGGCGAGUUUGAAGAAACAAGGAAGGAGCGAUACAUUCUGAUCUUAUAACCCUCAUAUUAUGACAAGUGGUGAACCAGAAGCUAUGAAAAUGGCACUCCAGGAACUUUUCACCAAUGGAUCUGGGUAUGCAAAGAUCUUCAAACAAGGUGAACAAUAUGAGGUUAGCGAGAGGGAUAUCGAAAUAAUAGUCGAAUUUUUAUGACAAGGAGUAAUUAAACAGAUUGAAAAAUACCAAUCUUUGGAUAAGUCAGAUCUGGAUGAGAUUAACGAGAUCUACCAGGAAGUAAUUAUUGAAGAUCCUUCACCAGCUGACAGUAUCACACAUUAUUUUGAAACUUUCCACCAAAGGUCAACUUUAGGAGAAUCUGAUAUAAACUUGGUCGAAUAUAAAUGGAGAAGAGUUCUAGAUUGGAUUGUCUCAGAGACGGUGAAAGACUCCUCCAUUAUGAUCCGCUGGGUGGAAUACCUAGAGGAUGAUAUCCCUAAGCAUUCGUUAGACACUCUCAAGAUCAUUGAUGUAGAUACGAAGCUCUGAACUAAGAUACCUAACUACACAAAAGAAAUAUUUACGUUCUUUGUUAGUUAUGCUGAAUAUUUAUUUAGAUAAUUUCAAGUUCUCCAGAUUGGCUU